AUGAGCCAGAGUGAAACUUCCCAAAGGCCGCGAAAACUGCGACGAAACAAACGUGCCUGUGAUCAGUGCAGCGCUCGAAGUGUCAAAUGUCGGCCUAGCGAUGGAGACUCCGCAAAAUGCGUCAACUGUAUUGAUUAUGGAGAGACUUGCACAUCCCUCCGCCCUAUGGCACGUCGAGGACCCAAGCCGAGAUCAGCCAGGUCUUUAACAACUCAAUCGAGAAGCGACGCAGGAGAGACAUCUACCAACUGCCAGUCGAUACAGCCCCAGAUUUCUCCUUUUGACCAAGAAACCGUGCUUGCCCCUUCGACCUGGAAACCGAAGAUCAUGCCUGCACAAGCAAUUGUGAUGGAUUUGACUGAAAUAUAUUUCGAGGUCGUGUAUCCUGUCUUUCCUUACUUCCAUCGAGCGACACUGUUACGAAGAGUGUCCCGUGGAGAGUACGCCACUGACCGGGCGCUGUUUUCGUCUGUUCUGGCGAUGUGCGCUUUGUCGUCGGCUCGAGUUCGCGAUGGUGCUCUAUACACUGGUAAAUGGGAUGCAAACGCGCUGCAGAGCCCUUCGUCCGAGGAACUUUUUGAAGCUGCCAAAGAGGCCAUUCCCCACGAUGCCACGUUGUCGCAAAACUUCGAUUAUGCUCGGGCCUAUGCGCUAAUGGCUAUCUGCUGCAUUCAGUAUGGCGAUACGCCUCGGAUGAAUUACUAUAUCGGCCUAUAUCAAGGUUUCAUCUCUGUAGGAGGGCUGCAAGAUGAAAGUAACUGGCCUGGCGUGUUGAAUCAUGUCGAUCUUGAGGAGCGAAGAAGACUUUUCUGGUCCAUGUACACUCUUGACAUCUUCUCCUCGAUAAUCUUUGGAGGCUUCGCUAGGAGCAGAGAAGCCUGUUUCAACGUCUGCUAUCCGAGCGACGAUGAAACACAGUCUGGCGACACAAACUCCCGGACGACAGGCGAUAUGCACGAUGGCCCGAGUUGGUUGACAGGAUGGAACUUCGUGACGACAUUGUAUCGUAUUCUCGAGCACGCCCAAGAUCGUCUUGGUCAACUGCGGAACCCAGUACAGCGCACACCAUCCCUUCCGGGCUACAUUGAGCCAGGCAGCCCGCGGCAGAUAUCAUGCCUUACCAACAUCAUGGCACUCUACGAACAACUACCGCCUGUUUUCAAGACAACACAACCGUUGACGGGCAGACUGGACAAAGAUCUUUUCGGAUUUCAAGCUGCCAACAUUGCUGCCUCGCUGCAGUUGGUCAGAAUGGUGUUGUUCACUACGGAGAACUCCACCGUGGAUCAGAAGUGUCAGAUUGCCAGCGAGGUCAUCAACGGAUUUGCCAGUGUUCCCGUCGCCUAUCUUCGCGCCAUCAGCUCUCCGCUGCUUCAUCAUCUUGCAGGUAUUGGGAGCAUCAUGGGCUCGGUAUUUGAGAAUGGCCUUACCGAGACUUCAUACCGGCGGGUGCGUUCAGUCCUACUAGACCUGGCAAAUCUACUGGCAAAUCUCGAGGUGGAUCUGUUUUGUCGGCAAGGAACAAGUGAUAAACUCAGAGCUCAGGUCUCAAGAAUCGACGAGUUUAUGAAGAUACAACGGUCGGUGGAUGCGAGCGGGCCUGUCGUGGGAUUAACGCCCUGGGUGCAUCAACAGAGCCACGCGUUGGCAUCUCCCGGCUUGCAUGCACACCAUCAGUUAGACCUUCCUCAAGAUUCGCCACAGAUACACUUCCCACCCGAGCUCUUCACGGACUGGGAAUAUGCGUUCGACUUCAACUGA